CGUUGUUUACCAAUAUGGCGGCCGCCAAAGUUUGAAAAGUUGACGGUGCAUCGUGCUUUUUUCCCAGAGGUAAAAAUGCCCAAAGAUUCGAGGAGAAAUUGCGGCCCCGAAGGUACGAGAAGCUACGUCUUGUUUCAAGACCGACAGUACAAACUGAUUCAAAAGUCCGGGAAACGCCAGGACGGGCGCCGACCUGAAGAUGUACGACCCAUCUUUAUGAAGACCGGCGUGGUGAGCCAAGCCAAGGGAUCGGCUUACAUCGAGAUGGGCAAUACCAAGAUCAUAUGCUCCGUGUACGGUCCGAGAGAGAUAGCCCGUCGCCGGGACUUCACCUUCAAAGGCCAGAUCAACUGCGAGUUCCAGUUUGCCCAGUACUCUUGCCCGGUGCGACGACAGGCAAUGAAUGACGCCGAAGCGCGGCAGUACUCGCAACUCCUGGAAGAAGCCCUAGCUCCGGUUGUGUGUUUGCACAAGUUUCCUAAAUCAACGGUCGAUGUUUUCGUCUUUGUGAUCGAAAACGAUGGCGGCGCCCUGGCAGGUGCAAUCACGACAGCGGGACUGGCCCUGGCUGAUGCAGGCAUUGACAUGUACGACAUGGUGAUUGGCUGCGGCUUGCGUCAAGAGGGCCACACCUGCUUAAUAGACCCAACACAUGAUGAGGAGACGGCGCCAGUGGAGGAGAGAAAUUUGGAGCUGAGCUUUGGUCGCAUGACGCUGGGUUUCAUGCCGGCCUUGCAGCAAGUGGCAGCUCUGGUACAAGACGGGGACCUGGAUGCUGCGUCUGUCGUUGCGGACAUGAAGGCUCUUGUCAGUGCCUGCCACCAAAUCUACCCUCUGGUACAAGAUGUCCUGCUCAAAGACAUCAGGGACAUGGCAGGGGGAGAAAACAAGGAAAAAUCUAUGGACGACGACAACGAAACCAUUGCUUCACCGUGCUGAGUGUUGAUUUGGUCGGUGGUGGCCACCAAGUGCAUCAUGUUCACGCUCAUCGUGUGUAAAUAGGUGUCCAGAAACACUGGCAUUGAGAUUAAAGUGUGAAGGGUCUUGCAUGGCUCUCUUCUUCCUUGCAUACACAUAAAUAAAGGCUGGUUUGCACAUUUG